AUGAAAGGCAGGUUGGGAGUUGUUACAUUCACUUUUGAUCAUAUGUUUGUACCUUAUAAAGCAGAUUCAUUUUUCACAGCGUUUUUCAAUUCGCCUUCUGUGCAAAAUGCGCUCACUAUUCCACACACUAAAACUAUUGUUAAAAUUAACAGCUGUUUGUUACUUGAAGAUUCAGACAGUUAUUCUAUUCUUACUGAAAAAGAAAGAGAAGAGUUUCUCGUUCGUCUGUUCAAACACAUUUGUAUUGGAGGUGAAAUAUGUCAACAAGAAGAUGAGAUUAAGCCAUACAUUGAUACUGUACGCAAAAUAUAUCGUGAUUUAAUAUGUGUUCAGAAAAAUCCUGAUUCAAAAGCAAUCGAAAUUGUUUCCCACGUUUACGAAGUUCGUGUGUAUGAUGAACAAAGUAACAUGGUGUUUCCCUCAAAUAAAGAACAUUUGAAUACGUUCGCUUAUGCAAUCGUGGAUCCUUUCAAAAGAAACGUGAUAAUUUUUUAUCAUGUUUUUGGAUGCGGGGAAUUUUCAUGA